AUGUUCUCUCCCUACUCCGAAUCUCUGAACAUCUUCAGCAUGGAUAGACAAGGAACCGAGGACCGUCUGCCACUACCCAGUCAACUUUUGUCGUCCGGUGUGCUGCAAUCCACUGUCCAAGCUUGUGAGAUGCUGGAUGACCUUUAUCAGGAGGCGCUGUCUUAUAUCUCUGAUAAGAGUAAACCUUUGGCUCAUGAGAAGUUGAAGAAUCUUCUCUAUUGA